AUGGUCGAGAUAUCAAUAACCUAUUGCCCUUUCGAUGGUUAUCAAUUCUUAGAAGAAGAUACAAAGUGUAAAUUUUGUGAUUUUGAUAGAUAUCGUGCAUGGAGUUUGUUAAAAAAUUCACCAUUCAAAAAUGAAAAGAAGCCACCAUGGCGAAAAUUAUUAUGGAUAAAGCAAGAUUAUCCAGAUGACCAUGUAGAUGAUACUUUUUUAGAUGAAUUACAAAAAAAUGUCAACGUUAGAGCAUACGAUUAUUGGACUGUCGUUAUGGAAUCAACUGUGAUUUCACAACAUAUUAGUAGCAUUGUUAUAUUCAUUGCUGUUUUCAUAGAUCUUUUUUGGGGCAGACUAUCAGCACAAAAUUUAAUUAUAAGUGGGACGGUAUUAACUAUUGUUGGAUACAUAUUUUGGGAUAAGAGUAUAUCAAAGACUGAUCCUGCAUAUGAAUAUAAAAGAUGGAAGACAGCCAAAGGUGCUGUUUUAUUUUUUGUGACACUUUUGGGAUUAUCUCCAAUCCUAAAGACACUAACAAAAGAUACUAGUAGUGACACCAUUUGGGCAUUAACUGUGAUACUGUUUCUUACUAAUAUGUUAUUUCAUGAUUAUGGUUCUGAGAAUCGAACAAAUAUCAAAUUUCCGGGUUCUGUAUCAACAAAUGCUGCAAUCUUUGCAUCUGUAUUAUUGGCAUCACGAUUAGAAGUAAAUUCUCAUGUAUUUGGUUUGAUGUUAUUUGCCGUUGAAUGGUUUGCUCUAUUUCCGAUCUUUCGUCGGUACACAAAAGUGAGUCUUUCGGCAAAAUUCAAUGUUGCAUUAACAUGUAUUUUAUUUGUUUUAGCGGCAACAUUGUUUUUACGUAUUUCAAAUGUGAUUGCUAUUAUAUAUGUUUUGGGUAUUAUUUUCAUUACGUUUGCUUGUCCGUACUGGUUAAUUUGGAUACAAAAAUACAAAAAUGAAAUUCAUGGGCCAUGGGACGAGGCAAGACCAAAACUUCAACAAACUAGAACAAAUCCUAAUGAAUAA